UUCUCCUCCAAGAUCUCCUUCUCUCUCUCUCUCUCUCGCAGAAGACUGAGAAGAGAAACCCUAAAAUCUCGCCGGGAAGCUAGAACGCCGAGCCGGAGAUUUUCCAUUUCUUCGUCAACAAUGUCUUCCUCGUCGUCGUCAAGGAAUCAAUCCCAGGGGAAUCCGAUUCCUCGUCCCAACUUAGCCAAGACUCGAACCUCUUCACUCCGCGAUGUUGGAAACCGUCGUGUUCCCCUCGGCGACAUCACAAACCAUAAGACUGGCUCGAAAACUUCUUCAUCAUCGUCGUCUACUCUGGUACAUUGUUCGAAUAAGAUCGGCCAAUCGAAGAAAGCACCAAAGCCUGCUUUAUCUCGUAACUGGAAUUUGGGAAUUCGCGAUUGCGGUUUACCUCCCAAGUCAAUUGCCAAAUCUAACGUAAUCGUUCCUUACGAAGACACAGAAUUGCAACAAAUCGAGGAGUAUCUUCUAUCUUCGUCACCUCUAUCAUCCCUGGAUGUCUCUCCCACUCAAUCAGACCAGUUAAGAUCUUCUUUGGAGACCCCAAAAGUAGAAUACAUGGUCGAGAACACUACUGCUCUCCCGGAGUAUGAUGAUUCAUCAAACACUGAUUUUGGAAAUGAUGAUCAGAUUGUGAACAUUGAUAGUAACUUCAUAGAUCCACAGCUCUGUGGUACCUUUGCUUGUGAUAUCUACGAGCAUUUGCGUGUCUCCGAGUUAGAAAAAAGACCGGCUCUGGAUUACAUGGAACGAAUUCAGCUAAACAUCAAUGCUAGCAUGCGUUCUAUACUGAUUGACUGGCUCGUGGAGGUUGCUGAAGAGUAUAGGCUUUCGCCCGAGACACUGUAUUUGGCAGUGAACUAUGUAGAUCGGUAUCUUACGGGCAAUGCAAUAACCAAGCAAAAUCUGCAGUUACUUGGUGUUGCCUGCAUGAUGAUAGCUGCAAAAUACGAAGAAGUGUGUGUGCCUCAAGUGGAGGAUUUCUGUUAUAUAACUGAUAACACAUACUCAAGGAACGAGCUUCUGGAGAUGGAGUCUUCUGUUCUGAACUACUUGAAGUUCGAAUUAACAACUCCAACAGCAAAAUGUUUCUUGAGGCGCUUUCUUCGUGCUGCUCAAGGAAGAAAGGAGGUACCAUCACUGUUGUCCGAGUGUCUAGCCUGCUAUCUCACCGAAUUAUCGCUACUAGAUUACGCUAUGCUUCGAUACACUCCAUCACUCGUUGCAGCCUCUGCAGUAUUCUUAACACAAUACAUACUGCACCCUUCAAGAAAACCAUGGAACGCUACAUUACAGCAUUACACAUCGUACAAGGUUACACAUAUGGAAACAUGCGUUAAGGAGCUUCUUCAGCUGUGUCAUGGGAAUCCCUCGUCUGAUGUAGUUGCAGUCAGAAAGAAGUACAGUCAACACAACUACAAGUUUGCAGCAAAGAAGCUUUGCCCCACAUCACUACCGCAAGAGCUCUUCCUUUGCUAGGUUUCGCGGUUACUUUUUCUUCCACUCUUGUCUUGUAGAUACUGUUGAUAAAAACUCAUUAGGUGAAGCAAAUGUAUUUUUCAGUUGAAUACCGUGUACGUAGAUGAAAAAUACUACUUAUCAAUAUAAAUGUUUGUUUCUUUAUAAAGUAA